AUGAGCGGGCGGUGCAGCGUAAGAGCGGGCGGUGCAGCGUAUGAGCGGGCGGUGCAGCGUAUGAGCGCGCGGUGCAGCGUAGGAGCGGGCGGUGCAGCGUAUGAGCGUGCGGUGCAGCGUAUGAGCGGACUCCUAUGGUCCCUCCCUCUUCCCUUCCUCAAGCCAAUCUCGCCUUUCAUACCCAGCUGCUCCUCUUGUGCAGCUGUGUGCUUCUGCUCUCCGUCCUCCUGUGCUCUCUCCUGCACUCUCCAGCGUUAUCUCCCCCUCCCUUGCCUUGCCUCCACUCGUCCUGCUCACCCCAUGCCCCCUCGCCCCUCCCACAUGAGCCAGAAGGCAGCUCGACUGGCCGAUAGGGGACCAAGCAGGAACGCACCACACCCCUCCAAGCCCCUUCUGCCACCCGGUGCUCACGUGCUCGCCCCUUGUGCACACGACGGCCACUGCCCCAUGUACGGCACGAGCAGCUGGUGCCACUUCUCCCAGACGCUGCAGCGCUCUGCCGUGCAGCGCAUUGCCAAGAGGGUAGCGGGGCAGGAGAUAACGGGCAGCACGGAGGAGGAGAAGUUCUCCUAUGUGGUGCUGCGCAGGGGACCUCGACCCGAGGUGGUGGCGCCGCUGCAGCAGAUAGCGGAGUUCCGGCGGGAGGAGAAGGAGAGGCAGGCGAGGGAGGAGGCAGAGAAGGAGGCCAAGCGCCUGGCCAAGAAGCAAGCCAAGUGGGGGCCGACGGUGCGGCUCAUCCCCCUGGACGAGGGGCCUGUGGGGGCAGAGGGCGUCGCACUGCUGCAAGGGGAAGAGCAAGGGGCGAAGGGUGCAGGUGAGGGAGGGGAGCGGGCGGAGGAGGAGGAGGAGGAGGAGGAAGAGGAAGAGGAGGAUGAGGAUGAGGAUGAAGAUGAGGAUGAGGAGGCGGAUGUUCGACCAAAACACACUCCCGUCAGCUCUGCAGGCGAAGAGGGUGGGGAAAUGGAAGGUGAUGUUGGUGACAGUGGCAGUGAUUAUGGUGAUGAUGAUUCUGACCUGGAUGAUGAUACGGUGGAUCCCGCAUCAGCCACUGACAACCCGCCACGUGGCGACCGCUUUGCGAAUCUGAGUCCUGAGUGGAGCCGCGUGAUUCGCGAGCCGAGGCGGCGGGGGCAGCACGUGAUAGUGGACGUGUGUGCUUCGGUGGAUGGGCGCGGGCGGCGGGGUGAGCUGCAGCGGCUGCUCUUCUCCAAGGCGGCGGGGCGCGUGGAGUACCGGUUUGCACGCAAGGUGCGGUGGGGUGACCUGUGGCCCAGCACGGGUGAGGCUCAGGAGGGCAAAGAGGAGGGCGAGAGCGAGGGCUCGGAUACAAGUACAAAAGAGUAG